UGGAUUCAAAUUUCCCGCCAAUUCUAUUCAAAUUUCCCGCGUUUGAUAUAGAUGACGCUAAACAUCAAUUUAAAAGAUUUCAGUCAUAAUAUGGCGCAGAAUAGAGCAAGCCGGUUUGAAAAUAAUAUGAUAUUGUUAAUAGUAGAUGUAUAAGUAACAUAAAUUUGACGUAAAAAUUAAUAUAUCAUUAACUUAGAUAAUUUAUACAAAAAUGUGUGACGAAGAGGUAAUACGUCGGAGAUUGCUCAUAGAUGGAGAUGGUACUGGAGAUGAUAGAAGAAUAAAUAUGCUUUUGAAAUCAUUUAUUAAAUGGGCAAAUUCGUCAGAUGUAGACAAUACAUUGCAUGAAAGAAUGUUGUCGCAAUUGGCUCAGUGUGAAUUUGCACAGAGAAAGUCUAGAUUAGUCUCAAAUAUGAGCCAAGAAGAAUUAAAAAAUUAUGAAAAAUUAUCUAAGGAAAUUGAAGUACAGAUAGAAGAAGCUAAAAAAGACAUAGAAAAAACAAAAGCAGAAUUACAGGAAGCAAAACGUGUAAGGAAAAAUAGGAUUGAAUAUGAUGUAUUAGCAAAAGUUAUUAAUGAACAACCGGACAGAGUGGAAACAAAUUUAAAGCUUGCUACACUGCGUGAGGAAUUAGGAAAAUUAAAGGAAAAGUCUGAACAAUUAGAACACAAACUGGAAAUGAGACGUAAACAGUUUCAUGUUUUGAUAUCCUCCAUACAUUCUUUACAAGGAAUGCUAGAUGAGUGUGACGAAGAAAUAAUGGAUGUAAGUUUAGAAAAUUAUGAAGAUGUAGAUACUUCAGUAUCUAUUAAAACUGAGGCAUCUUGAAACAAGAUGAUAAAUAAAUUUUUAUGUAUUGUAUAAAGAUAUUAGUAAUUUUUAUAAAUAUCACAAAGCUUAA